AUGUACGACCCGUCAGGUAAUUACAAUUCAAGUUACAGCCCUUAUGGCGUCUCCGGAAAUGAGUCCUUCUCCCAUCACGCUCCUACGGGAGUGUACUCGUUGGGCACGUCGAGUAUGGAGAGCAACGGAAGCAUAGGAAAUCUGUUGAAGUGCAUUAAGACAUGGCAGGGCAACGCAGAGGGUUCUAUCAGUUCUGGUGGAAGCGUGAAGGAUACGUACGACAAUUUUGGCCUUCUUCGGGCGGAUUCCCUCGGCGUCAUGUCACCAGCUAUGGCUCCUUGCUACUCGUCUCCAAGUGCGCUUCAACCUUCAUUCCCGGUUGCGUUGGGCUGCCACCCGGCGCCUCGAAUGCGUAGCAACGGGCAUCUCGGGCACGCCGCUCCGGCAGUAUGCGACUACCCACUCCAAGAUCAGCAGCAGCAGGUGCAGAUGCACGUGAGGCCACAGCUGCAACUUCCGGAGCAAUCUGGGGAAUACGACGGUUCUUUGGAUGUUCGUCCAGUGCUUUGCAUCGACGGCAGUGCACAAUCUCAGCCGUUUUAUUCGCAGAAUCGUCACUCCUCUCCAGUUUGCGUCCCUGAAGGACAUUGCUCUCAAGGCGCUCACUCUGAAACAUACUCAUCACAUGCGCAACCCCAAGCACUCGCCACGAUGCAAUGCCAGAUGUCGCCUCAUUGCGUCCACAGAUCGCCAGUAGCGUUACCAUCUCCAGGACACGUCAAUUCCGGGUCGCCAUUCGCCGAGCCAAUACAUCCCUCCAGGGUCGGCAAGCGCCGAGCUCCAUUGGCCGAUCAUUCGGUCGAUGCCCGUGCCAUCUAUCACGACGUCGGCGAUGGAUCAGGGAGCACCGUUUUGGUUCCUUGUUAUCCGGCUCUCGAGACGGACGCACCUGUGGCUAAGCGAGCCUUCGUCUCCAACCCUUCGUAUAUGCAUCCGGACUACGACCAGCAUCACUCUUCGCCGCUCACCAAGCGUCCGACAUACGGCCUUGCCAUGCCACGUCCUGUACCCGGUGCGUGUAGAACUGAUCAAAUGGCGCAUCUGUAUGCCGAUGCCGACGACAUCAAGUCAGGUCCCCGUCUGGUGUACGUUGGGAAUGUCGACGUCCUAGGUAACGACCGGAUUGCCGAUGGAGAAAGCAAUCCGUUCCUGGACGCUGGAGCAAGAGUGGUUCCCAACGCAAUCAUCACGCCUCGGGAUAUUCUGGUGUACGGACGCAGGGGAUCGUUCACCUACGGCGACAGGCCCUUUUCGCCCGACAGCGACCCCAGGGCUGCCAGCUUGCUGAAGAACAUUACUGUGAACUGCCAAUACGGCCGUGUGCGGCCUGCCGAAACUGCACCACCGCAGCCGCGUGUCGUGUUGAACGGGCGGUCAACGGGACUGCUGGAGGCUGACAAGUACGCCAUUAUGGCAACGCAGGUCGAGAAGGUUCGCGGCGUGUGCUAUUGCCGCAGUGACAAUUCGUGGACUGCGUGGUGGACCGAGAAGGGUCGCAACCGCAAGAAGGCUUUCAAGGUCAGCCGUCACGGGUUCUACGAGGCACGCGCGAUGGCCAUUGAGCACCGCCGAGCCAUCGGUAAGGACGGCGUUUAUCGUCCUACUGUCCAGCCAUACGACGGUACUGGAGAAGGUGCUAAGCGUGUUGCUACGGAACCUGUUGUAUCUGAAGUGACUCCUGAGGUUUCAACUUCUGCGGCCACCCCUACAAGUGUGAUGUCCCCAGUGACGUUGCCUGCUGGUGUCGUCACGGCAGUGAAACGCAUGAACACGACGCCUAGACAGAAUGAACGCACGUUUCAGAUGGCAGUAACGGAUGUUGAAUCGCCGGUUGUCAGGAACAGGCCCGUUGACCAUUCGUCUACCGAGAAUGCGGACGAGUUUAAUCAGGAGACCGCACCGACGCCAACUUUGGACAGCUGUGAUUCCAAUGCAAUCAAGGCUUUUGACGGACAAAACUACUGCAACACCGAAGUGCACACGCCCGUUCGCACUCUGAAGGAGCACACCGGCGCUGCAGCUUGGGUCCCCGGCAAGGAGGGUGAGAAAUUGGAUGAGAUGUUCAAGAGGCGUGUUAUGUCGGCCUGCACGACCGCAGACAGCACUGAGUUCGUAGGCGCGAAGACCGAAGAGCUCACACCGAAUAUGGUUUCUCUGCACCACGACAUAUCGGACAUGCUCAAGCUGGAUGAGGCCUCCGUUCGGAACGUCAAGAUGGCCAUAUCUAGCCUCGCUUACGGCGUCGAGGACUCCAGGCUGCCUGCUGAGCCUCGUGCUAACAACGCCUGA